AUGGAAUUAACAAAACCAGUUGGUAAUAAUUAUACCGAUGUGGACCUUCUAGCUAAUGUUAAUAAGGAUAUAUGGGAAAUUGAUUCAAAAAACUUAUUGGUUCAAGAGGAAUGUCUGCUAGGAAAUGGAGCAUUUGCCAAUGUUUUUAAAGGAGUUCUGAAAGGAAAAGCUCCUCUUCUUGUUGUAAACAACAGUUUGAAACUUGUUAUUGAAUCCGAAAGAGAUGGGCAUUAUGAGGUUGCUUUCAAAAAACUGCCGCCACAUGCCGAUGAACAGAAUCGAUUAGACUUCUUCACUGAAAUCGAAUUCAUGAAGCGUCUUGGGCAUCAUCCCCAUGUUGUCAGUAUUCUUGGCUGUGUUUCAAACCCAUACGAUCCAAUGAUUGUAGUCGAAUAUUGCGAAAAAGGCGACCUUCUAAAGUUUUUGAGAAUGCACAAGGAUCAUAUUAUUAUCAACAAAGUAGAAAAAUGUAAUCUUAACCAUGGUAGUUGCUUUCGAAUCAAAGAUUUGGUAUCUAUUGCGUGGCAAAUCGUGGAUGGAAUGGCAUAUUUAUCUUCGAAAAAAUUUAUUCAUCGGGAUUUAGCUGCAAGAAAUGUGCUACUUACUAAGAGUCUAACUGCAAAAAUUAGUGAUUUCGGGCUAUGUCGUUGUAUGGAUUCAUCGCUCUACACUGCAAAAGGUGGUCGACUUCCAAUUAAAUGGAUGUCGAUUGAAGCCUUGAAAUUUUACGAAUUCUCAAUUAAAAGUGAUGUAUGGUCUUAUGGAGUUUUGCUGUUCGAAAUAUUUUCACUUGGCGAUAUUCCUUAUCCAACCGUUCAACAAAUGGAACUGCUUGAUCAUCUUUUGAAAGGAAAUCGACUUCCGCAGCCACAAAAAUGUCCGAAUGAGAUCUAUGAAAUCAUGAAAACCUGCUGGGAUGAGAAUCCACAAAAUCGCCCAGAUUUCAAUGAUAUUCGUACGAAUAUCACUGAUUUAUUAAACAUGGAUGACGAAAGCUAUGGUUAUUUAAAUUUGGAAUGCGACGACAGUCGAAAAAUCACAACAUUUACCCUUCAAUGUAUGACUGAUUCGUCAUGUGAGCACGAGGAAUGCACAGACAAAGUGACAAAAAUCCACGACGAAACGAUUUGCAAGAAACUGCAUAAAGUAAUUCGAGAAAAAUUUGGUGAAGAGCAAGCAUCCGAAAUGCGAAAGGUGUUCUCCGAAUUUUUUCCCACUGAAAUAAUAUCUGGAAGUCCUUGA